AUGACCUGGACUUCGAAUCCGAGUUCUGCGUGUUCGAGGAGAAAGCGGUCCGUGAAUGGCCUGCCCCUCGUCGUCCUGCAGAUUAUCUACCACCACAUGCUUCUGGCGGAGCUGCCGUUCCUCAUGGAGUUCGUUCUGGUGGAGCGCGGGAUGCAGAAGGUGACGCUGAUCGCGACCCCCGUGGUGAUACUUCUUCUCCUGCUGAGGCCGCUGUCUCAGACCUGGCCGAGGCAUCUGAUGGAGCCGGUCUGCGUGAGCAUGCUCGCGCUGGUGCGGCCGCUGCUGCUGGUGGCGUUCAUCUUCUUCCUCCUGGUGCUUUCGAUCCACACGGUGAUGGAGAUGCUCAGCGCGAUCUUCGGCUGGGUCUUCAGGGAGCUGCGGCUGCUGACCUGCGUGCUGGUGCAGACGUCGCUGCUGUUUGCACGGGGCAAGCGCCCGCUGCUUCUGGUUGCGGCUCUCUGCCUCUACAUGGUGAUGGUUCUUACUCUGGCGCCCCUGGCGCUGCCUCGGCUUUGUCCGCCGAAUGUGACGGCCCCGAGCUCAACGAGGACUUUGCCGAAGCCGUUCUGCGUGAGCAUGUUUGUGCUGAGGCUUCGCCGUCCAAGGCUGUCGAUUUCCACUGCUUGA